GUUCUGCCAAUUCGUCAAAACCACCGUUUGGGGAUCUGAAACGCAAUAUUCAUGACUUAUUUCGUCGUCGUCGGAGCCGGGGUCGUUGGCCUUGUGCAAGCACUUGAGCUGUGCGCAAGAUAUCCCCAGGCCAAGAUCACCGUCGCUGGCAAGUUCCUUCCGGGAGACUCGGCGCCAGAAUACGCCUCCGCCUGGGGCGGCGCCAACUGGUUUCCCGCCGCCAGAGACAACGGGCCUCAGGAGGACUGGGAGGCCAUCACGUACCGCAAGUUUGGCGAGCUGAGCGCGGCGCGCCCCGAGUGCGGCAUCAAGCCCAUGCAGAUCCGGUGGCACUAUGAGCAGCCGAUUGAUGUCGUCGGAAUCAAGACGCCGGCGACGGGAAAGCUCUGGUUUGAGGAUCUUGUCGGUGGGUUGAAGGAUAUUCCCAAGCACGAGCUGCCCCCUAGGUGUGCGUUUGGCUACGAGAUGGCCAGCUUUGUUAUUGACGUUCAGAGAUAUCUGCCAUGGCUCCAGACCGAGUGUACGAGGCUCGGCAUCGAAGUUCACCGCAGGGUGUUCCAUCACAUCCGGGACGUCUUCCGAGCAUACCCAGACACCACUGCCAUUUUCAACUGCACAGGUAUCGGAGCUCUGACCUUGGGAGGGGUAGAGGACAAGAGGAUCUUCUCCGCAAGGGGUCAAAUAAUACUAGUCGAAGGGCCGGAGGAGCCAAUCCGCAAGAUGUACUUCCGCGCCCCUCACCGCGACGGAGAGGCCACGCACAUCUUCCCGCGGGGAGAACGCGGAGGUGUCAUACUCGGGGGUUGCAGGCAAAAGGGCCGAUGGGACGGCGAGCCCGAGAUGGACUUUGCCGAGCUGAUCAAGGAGCGUUGCUGCGCCCUGGUGCCCGAGCUCGGCCGCCCGGAGGACUUGAGGGUGAUCAAGCAUGGAGUCGGGCUGAGGCCCGGGAUGGAAGGAGGCGCUCGCGUCGAGGCCGAGACAAUCGAAGGCAAUCUAGUCAUUCACAACUACGGCGCUGGAGGUACUGGUUUCCAGGCCGGAUGGGGGCUGGCUCAGUAUGCUGCGGCACUGGUGCCGAGUCACUCGGCUCACCUUUGA